AUGAUAGCUAAAUAUCGUGGUAUUGGCCGCUUCUUGCUUGAAUUGUCAUGCAAAUCAUCACAACAUUGCCAAUUAGCUGCGGCGAGUUCAACAGCAAAGCGAGAAGAGAAAAGUUUGAUUCACGUCGAAGAGCGAUUUCAGUCCGUCCCGCCUCCAAAGCGAAAUAAGGAGACUUUUUUGGCGGCCGUUGCCGCCUUUAAAGAGAACAGGCAUCGCGGGCAUGUUGAAUUUAUUAACACUGCUCUAAAAUAUCUGAAGGACUAUGGGAUUCAUAAGGAUCUCGAUGUAUAUAAAGCUUUGCUCAAUGUUUUUCCGAAAGGAAAAAUGAUCCCUCAGAAUACCUUUCAGAGAAUAUUCUUACAUUAUCCAAUGCAGCAAAACUGUUGCGUCAAAGUUUUGGAUGAAAUGGAGUGGCAUGGUGUACAUCCAGACAAGGAAAUUCAUGAUAUCGUUGUGAAUGCUUUCGGAGAAUGGAAUUUUGCAACGCGGAAGAUAAAACGUAUGCUCUAUUGGAUGCCGAAGCUAAGGUAUUCGAAUAAGUACCUAGACCGUCGGAAUGUGGAAGGUAAAUCGCUAACUCCGGCUGAACUAGCAGGCGUCGCUUUAAAAAUGAUGUGUCCUGAUCCUGGUACAGCCAUUUCGUUGACGAGGAUUGCGCCCACUGAAACCGAGAAAGAUGCCUGGUUCGCUUUUGCGCAAAGUUUGACGCAGAAAAAUCUGAUUCGUGAUCUUCCGGAUGAUACAGAGGUGUUUAUUGAUGGUCCUUCCAAAGUGUAUGUAAUGGAGCAUCAAGUGCAGUAUGUAGCAAUGACAUGUGCACCGCUUCACCCUCCUAGUGAUGAGUUCAAACAUGAAACGCUCGAAGAGGAUUUCUCGCACUGGUUCACGGAAUGGAAAAAUGAGCGGUACCAAAGGAAGACCUCAGUCCACGAACAGAAAAAUGAAACAAUUCUCGCACUUGGUGCGAUGCACAGGAAUGACAACAAAACUGCGAGUUUAUGGCUGGAACGACUGCAAGAGGAAAAUCCGAAUUUGUCAAGGUUGAAGCCUCGACUGAGACUUGAUCGAGGUGUUGAUUAUACGGCUGCAACUCGAUAG